CCAAGUCAACCUUUCGAGUUUGACGUCUGAAAAUUCUUUAGUUUACGGUUCAAGAUGGCUCUCAAAGCACUUGUCGGGCAAAAGAUUAUGAAUGAAGUUAUCCGCUAUCGCGGACCCAAAGGCAAGGAAUCCCAGCGUAUAGAAUGGAGAAUUCUUAUUGUCGACCAACUGUCCAUGAGGAUGGUGUCAGCAUGCUGCAAGAUGCACGACAUCUCAGCAGAAGGCAUAACUUUGGUGGAGGACAUCCACAAGAAGAGGGAGCCAUUAUGCACCAUGGAUGGCAUAUACCUUAUUACACCUUCGGAGAAAUCAGUUCAUGCACUCAUCAAUGAUUUCUCUGUGGGCAAUCGCAUCAUGUACAAGGCUGCACAUGUCUUCUUUACUGAAGCUUGUCCAGAUAAUCUUUUUGAAGACUUGUCGCGUAGUAAAGUAUCGAAAUACAUCAAAACCCUUAAGGAAAUCAACAUAGCUUUCAUACCAUAUGAGCAGCAGGUGUUCUCCCUGGACUCGCCGGAGACUUUCCAGUGCAUGUACAACCCGGCGUUGGCGCAGACUCGCAACGCCAACAUGGAGCGUAUCGCCGAACAGAUCGCCACGCUUUGCGCCACGCUCGGCGAAUAUCCCUCCGUGCGCUACCGAAGCGAUUGGGAGCGUAACGUUGAGCUGGCGCAACUUAUUCAACAAAAACUCGAUGCCUACAAGGCUGACGAACCUACAAUGGGUGAGGGACCUGAGAAGGCUCGCUCGCAACUUCUAGUGCUGGAUCGCGGCUUCGACUGCGUGUCGCCGUUGCUGCACGAACUCACACUCCAAGCUAUGGCUUACGAUCUGCUGCCCAUCGAAAAUGAUGUCUACAAAUAUGACGCCUCUCAGGGAGGGGCACUGAAGGAGGUGCUCCUGGACGAAAACGACGAGCUGUGGGUGGAGCUCCGCCACCAGCACAUCGCCGUCGUCUCCACCUCCGUCACCAAGAACCUGAAGAAGUUCACGGAGUCCAAACGCAUGGGUGGAGGUGACAAGCAAUCCAUGCGCGACUUGUCGCAAAUGAUCAAGAAAAUGCCGCAGUACCAGAAGGAGCUGUCCAAGUACGCCACGCACCUGCGCCUCGCCGAGGACUGUAUGAAGGCCUACCAGGGCUACGUCGACAAGCUCUGCAAAGUCGAACAGGAUUUGGCUAUGGGUACUGAUGCUGAAGGUGAGAAAAUCAAAGACCACAUGAGGAGCAUUGUGCCAGUUCUGCUAGAUCAGUCUGUGGUGAACUUCAACAAGAUGCGCAUCAUCGCGCUGUACAUCAUGUCCAAGAACGGCAUCUCGGAGGAGAACCUCAACAAGCUGGUGACGCACGCGCAGCUCGAGCCCUCCGACAAGCAGGCGCUGCUCAACCUCGCCAACCUCGGGCACAACGUCGUCGUCGACGGCAAUCGCAAGAAGCAGUAUCAAGUGACGAGGAAAGAGAGAAUCACUGAGCAGACCUACCAAAUGUCACGAUGGACACCCGUUAUUAAGGACAUCAUGGAAGACGCGAUCGAAGAUAAGUUGGACCAACGACACUUCCCAUUCCUCGCCGGGCGCACUCAACCCUCGGGAUACCAGGCCCCUACCAGCGUGCGCUAUGGACAUUGGCACAAAGAUAAAGCACAGCAGACCAUCAAAAACGUGCCCCGUCUCAUCGUAUUUGUCGUCGGCGGUGUAUGCUUUUCGGAAAUCCGCUGCGCGUAUGAGGUGACAGCUGCGGUGAAGAACUGGGAGGUGAUUAUCGGCUCGUCCCACAUACUCACCCCAGACACUUUCCUCUCGGACCUCAGCUCUCUCACCGCCUAAGCAUUUGGAUACUCUCGAAACAUGUAGCAACUUAAAAAUGCAGUCACACUUUAACCAAAUAUAUUUAUAAAGAAAUACUUUCGUGUGAUUAUAAUCUACUCACAUCGUCGAAAUUAGCAUUACUACUAGGUAUCAUGUUUGACAGCAUAUCAACCGGUCUUCUUUUGUGAGGUCACCAUCGCAUGCGGUAUCUCAGUACUGGCCCUUAACAUUUAAAUGUAAUAUGGGUGCUGGUGUCUAAAAUGUAUUAAAACUAGUUUGUGUGAAUUUAAAUUAGAAUUAUUGAGAAUCAUAAUAAUAGCUUCAAUCACUAAAUAACUGUGAAAGGGAGAUAAUUAUUGUUAUUGCAGUUAUAAAUAUU